CAAAAUUACUGAACAAAAAUCGUCAACCGCCACGGAAAUCUCCCGAGCAUCGCGACGGUCAAGUUUCCUUUACGGCGGAUUUCGACACAAAACCGGCACCAUGUCUACCGAACAGAAGGCCCAGAACCCCAUGCGGGAGCUCCGCAUCCAGAAGCUCGUCCUCAACAUCUGCGUUGGCGAGUCUGGUGACAGACUUACCCGUGCCGCCAAGGUGCUUGAGCAGCUGUCCGGUCAAACCCCCGUCUACAGCAAGGCCCGUUACACCGUCCGUACCUUCGGUAUCCGCCGUAACGAAAAGAUCUCCGUCCACGUCACCGUCCGUGGCCCCAAGGCUGAGGAGAUUCUCGAGCGUGGCCUCAAGGUCAAGGAGUACGAGCUUCGCAAGCGCAACUUCUCCGAGACCGGCAACUUCGGCUUCGGUAUCUCCGAGCACAUCGAUCUCGGCAUCAAGUACGACCCCGGUAUCGGUAUCUACGGCAUGGACUUCUACUGCUGCAUGACCCGCCCCGGUGAGCGUGUCUCCCGCCGCCGCCGCGCCAAGAGCAGAGUCGGUGCCACCCACCGCAUCACCCGCGACGACACCGUCAAGUGGUUCAAGUCUCGCUUCGAUGCCAUCGUCCGCUAAAUUGCCCCAUUACUUCCUGAAAAGGAUCGGGUGUUAUAGUUUGGCGACAUGGUGGAGGAUCUGAAGUUACCGCUUCUUGAGGACCAGAGGGAGUUUGGGGCUCGGCGGCAGUUUCUGGGCUUUCUCCGGGUGGGCGUUAUUCUGGUAUUGGUUUCGGGGGAAAAAAAACACCAAAUCCAGGAUUUGUAGAUGCACCAUGAUACCUCUUAUUGGCGACUUCGUCAAUUUAGCUUGAUCUGAAUCUACAGUCGAGCUGCGGCCUCAGAGACCGACCGGCAUCAUGCCGGCUUACCCUACCUUCAUGAACCUAUGUGAAACAAGGAUAUCUCGUCCUUUGGCCUCUCGAGUAGAUCAGUUCUAUCCCAGUGACAACUUGAACAGCCAGCCACCCAUCAUCGGCGCGUGGCGCUUCAUCACUUUUCGGCUAUGGCUGUUUUGCUCACGAUAUAUAUAUAUAUAUUUGACAUGUGCAGACUCUGUGGCAUAGAUACGGCAUGUCCUUUGGCGCCAUCGAGUUAUUUGGAAAUUUCUAAUUGCCCUUGGUUGAAGGUACUAACGGCUGGCUCUACAUGAUGGUUAUCAACCGUCGCUGGCUAUCAUUGCUCAAAGAACGAAGCAGACGGGCCACCUAAGCACCAAGGACUGCAUGAUCAUUACCAUUGGGAUGGAGUAUGUACGGAUACCACAUCAUUGUUGCAACCGCUUGGCAUUUGUAAUGCUGCUCCGACCGUAGGGGAGUCUUGUGGACGAUAAUGCCAGUGAUGGGGGUUGUCUCCAAUACUAUCUCCGUAUGGUUACUACACCAAGCACAGCUGCUGCGUGAUGCUAGGUAAAGGGGCAUG